AUGUCCGCCCAGGCGCAGAUGCGGGCCCUCCUGGACCAGCUCAUGGGCACGGCCCGGGACGGAGACGAAACCAGACAGAGGGUCAAGUUUACAGAUGACCGUGUCUGCAAGAGUCACCUUCUGGACUGCUGCCCCCACGACAUUCUGGCUGGGACGCGCAUGGACUUAGGAGAAUGUACCAAAAUCCACGACUUGGCCCUCCGAGCAGAUUAUGAGAUUGCAAGUAAAGAAAGGGACCUCUUUUUUGAGUUGGAUGCGAUGGAUCACUUGGAGUCCUUCAUCGCUGAGUGUGAUCGGAGAACGGAACUUGCCAAGAAACGGCUGGCAGAGACGCAGGAGGAGAUCAGUGCAGAAGUUUCUGCGAAGGCAGAAAAAGUACAUGAGUUGAAUGAAGAAAUAGGAAAGCUUCUUGCUAAAGCUGAGCAGCUGGGAGCUGAAGGAAAUGUGGAUGAAUCACAGAAGAUUCUCAUGGAAGUGGAGAAAGUCCGUGCAAAGAAAAAAGAAGCUGAGGAAGAGUACAGAAAUUCCAUGCCUGCGUCCAGUUUUCAGCAACAGAAGCUUCGUGUCUGUGAGGUCUGUUCGGCUUACCUUGGCCUCCAUGACAAUGACCGUCGUCUUGCAGACCACUUCGGGGGCAAGUUACACUUGGGAUUCAUUCAGAUCCGUGAGAAGCUCGAUCAAUUAAGGAAAACCGUGGCUGAGAAGCAGGAAAAGAGAAAUCAGGAUCGGCUGAGGAGGCGAGAGGAGAGAGAGCGGGAGGAGCGGCUGAGCAGGAGGUCUGGAUCAAGAACAAGAGAUCGCAGGAGGUCGCGCUCCCGGGACCGACGUCGGAGGCGGUCGAGGUCGACUUCCAGAGAGCGGCGGAAGUCGUCCCGCUCCCGGUCCCGAGACAGACACCGGCGCCACCGAAGCCGCUCCCGGAGCCACAGCCGCGGCCAUCGCCGGGCAUCCAGGGACCGGAGCUCGAAAUACAAGUUCUCCCGAGAGCGGACUUCAAGGGAGGAGUCCUGGGAGCGCGGGCGGAGUGAGCGGGGGGCCACCGACUGGAGGCUUGAGAGUGCCAAUGGGAAGGCCGCAUCAUCGCGGAGGUCGGAGGAGAAGGAGGCCGGCGAGAUCUGA